UGGAACGUCUGUGUUAGUUUUGACAGUUCAGUUUUCGGGUUUCCAUCUAUUUCAUUUUCAUUGAUUGAUUGAUUUUCGUACAAAUAAUAAAUAUUUAAUUCUCAUACUUACAGAAUGAAAAACAACAAGAUUUCUUAUUGAACCUCUGCUAAAAUCUUUUAAAUAUUUCUGUGAAAAUGAUCUGAUAUGUGUGUUGCAAACGCCGGUUGCGAAAAUGUCUGGCCCUGACGAACACGAAGAUUUCAUAUUUCGUCCUCAACUUCAUUUGGAUGCUAAAUGGUUAAAUCCUGACUUACAGGAUGCUCUACAUAAUCCUGAUUCUUUAUGUUCUUUAUUUAAUGGCCUAAUACAGGACAGAGAAAUAUAUUUUGACGCCGGAAAUGGUCUUGUAAACUCGGCCGGAGUUACAGCAAAACUUGGGGACAGUGGAAAAUAUUACUGUGGACUUAGGAUUUUGGCAUGCACCUGUUGUGAUGGGCUAUGUGGACCACACUCUGGAUGUGCCUGUUCCCCUUGCUCGCUUCUCUCAACAGAGGAGGAGCUCCGGCAUAAAAUUCACUCAAAACUCAAUGCCCCACCACCAUCCAUUCAAGUAAUAGAUGACCUUAAGUGGAAACAAGAUCCAGGUCCAGAUUGUCUACAAAAUCUCAUGGAAUCUUUGAUAUGGGAGCAACGAGUUAGAGCCAUCAACACAGCAGUCAGUUGUCCAUUAAUUUCUCAAAUCCGUCGCUUGAUAGUGCUGUGCUAUAGACAUCUUGUAGCUGUUAUUAGAGAUCAAAAUACCCAUAAGGAGGUCAAAAAGAUCAAAUUAGACAAAAAGCCUCCUCACGGCGUUAGCAAUAGAGCCUUAAGCAAUGUAGUGAAUAGUCUGAACAAAUCAGUCGAGAUAUCUGAUAUCCAAGAUGAUGUGGAGGAGCAAGCUGAUGACUCAGAGAAUGCAUUUGGGCUUGCUCGCGUUGGUGCAAGAGCAGCUCUUCGCCUAGCGUUAUCUCUAGUGCGCAGAGCGUGGCGUUGCGGCGAAGAUGCGGAUGUGUGCUCUGCGCUACUUCGCGAUGCUUUGGACGCGGUGCGAGCGUUGCCCGACGCGGCGUUGUUCGCCGGGGCCGGCACUGCGCAGCAAGCGCCACGCUCACAGAAAAUAUGGGCAGAAGUUGUGGAUAGUGCUGCUAAAUUCCUACAUCAGGUUGUGGCUGGGGAAGUGGGGUGUAAUGUUCCUUUGGGUGAUUGGAGGACGUCACUGUGCGUCUGGGUGGAACUGUGUGCUCGUCGUGCCGAAUUACCCGCCUUGUUAAAGGCUGCAGAUGUAUUAGUUACCCUCCCACCUAAACAGAAAAGACAGCCGGAUAACAGAAUAACUCUUGAAGAAUGUACUGCACCACUAGGACCUUUUCUAAGACGCAUGGCUAAAGUGUCAGCUCCAAGUCCUAUUGUGAACAAUGAACCAACGACUGAAGUCAAUCCUACAGAAACUUAUCUUAAGGAUCUAAAUUUACCAAGUGGCGAUGGAUUGAUGGAAGUGAGAAAAGCUGGUAUUGCUUUGCUGUGCCACCUAGAUAGACUGGGUGCCCCAUUGUUACCACCUUUGAAGGGAUUUGUCACUUGUACUGAAUCAGCACAAGAAGUGGUCUCCGUAGGCUCUGGUAAUAUUAGUUUGGGAACUCUGAGAAUCCAGCAGAUUGCGUGUGCUGAAAAACUAGCGUUGUUGCUGACUCACGACGGUGCUGUGUACACUAUGCCUUACGAUACUAUGUCACCAGAUCUCGCACCAGGAUUAGAAAACAAGACGAUAAUCCAAGUGGCUUGCCACUACAAUGGCCGUCACUUCCUCUGCUGUUCAUCUUGCGGCGGAGUGUGGUCGUGGGGCGCGGGCGAGGACGGGCGCCUGGGGCACGGCGACACCGCGCCUAGGGACGCCCCCGCCGCUGUACAACAUCUAGCACAUCAUGAAGUCGUUAGAGUGGCUGCUGGGCCCGCCUGCAGUGCUGCAAUCACAACCCGAGGUGGUUUAUAUACGUGGGGCAAAGGUGUACAAGGUCGACUCGGCCUCGGCACGUUAGAAGUCAGUCUCACGCCGCAAGCGGUGUCCUUCAAUGCUCAUAUUGAAAGAGUAAUAGACGUGGCUUUAGGGUGGGGCGAAGGCCAAACACUUUGCUGCACUUGGGAAGGGGCAGUUCACGUGUUUGGGGACAGCGAGGGCGGAGGGCCCCGGGCUUUGACGUCGCUAUCCGUGCUGAGGAUCACCCGGGUAUAUACUGGGGAACAUUGGCAUGCUGCACUCACUGAUGGAGGUCAAGUUUACACAUGGGGUAAAGGUGACGGCUUCCGUCUGGGUCAUGGAACUUCAGAAAGUACUAAAACGCCAAAGUUACUAGAAGCCCUCCAAGGCAUCAGAAUCGUGGAUCUAUCACUAGGGGCGACCCAUGGCGUGGCAUUGUCAGCAGAAGGUGCUUUAUACGCGUGGGGCACACACGAACGAACACAGUUUUCGAAACCGGUGCCAGAGUUGUUGCAAGUCCUAAACCCUUCCUUUAAAGCUAAUGGUGUGACGAGUGGGUCUACUCAAAUCAUAGUAUGGAGCCAAGAGAGUCCUAGAGAUCUUCCUUCUUCAAUGCCGUUUGUAAUUGAUUUGUCAGACAGCACAUUCAAAUUUUUAGAAAGACUUCUACGGAUAGUAGUGGAGCAGAGUAAUUCAUCGCCAAUCCAGGAAACCGAAUGUAUAGCCAUUGCUUGUUUGAAUCUGCUUAGACUACAGGUGCACGCCUGGCAAUGUUCCCGCGGAGAAGACGACGACGAUAUCACCUCUGGCAGUACCGACAAACGGUCAUGGUGUGGCGGCGUGCACACUGCACUAGUGGCGUUAGUGGAGGGGAGAGCUGGACCAGCUGCAGCGGCUGCGGCGAGGCGGGCGUUAGCUGCAGCAUGGCCGCUGUUGCUACCCACGCCACAGAUACGGGCGCAUCAUCUUAUUGCGCUGUUGCCGCAAGUUUCAGUACCGGCUAGCGCAGGUGCGAGGUUCAUGAUAGAACUCCUGGUGUGGUCCCUUCUCGGCGGCGGCGGACUACGUGAUGCUUUACGAAAUGCUUUACAAGACAACGCCAACGACGCAUACAAUCACUUACAGUUGGAUGUAGAUUAUGAUCAAGUAGACAUUAUAACUGGACAGAUAGGUCAACAUACAACAACAUCCGGGGAGAAUGGAGAAAAUAUUCCAGGAUGUCCUGAAGAAUAUCAGCUGAGUAAUGUCACAUCUUCCGAAAAGGGCGCUUCAGUUCCUCUCAUGCAUUUGGUAAAGCAUCUCAUUCGUAAUACAAGCUGUCAAACUCAGAUGCAUAUCAGCGCAAUAAUGAACGGAGAUACCAGCAAGACUGACGAUCCUAAAGGACAUGACACAGUUAGUCCUAGCUGCGACCUGCUUAUAAGAUUUCAAAGAUUGUUAUUUUGCGAAGCCAUGUGUUAUAGAGGUGGGCGUAGCACCCGCGCCGGUGUAAGAGCCCUACUCACUGAAUACACGACCUUAUUGUCCGAACAUGUUCAAUCCACUCUCUCUUCGUUUAAGAGAUCAGUUCAUAGAGCUGAUGAUUCACAGUUGGUGGCGUUAUGCGACUUAAUCUCUGCUGAUAUUGUGGGUCGCGUUGUAAGCGAACUAGGUGCUUGGGUAAACGCGUGCGCAUCCCGAUCGCCCGUUGCUUUAGCCGACUUGACAAGUUCUCUUGUAAAGAUAGCAAGGGCGUGCGAUGAUGCAGCAAAAGUAUUGCCUUCAGCGGCCAGGCUUGACGCGGAUUUGUUGGGCUGGCCCGGAUUGGUGGCCAAGGCGCAGCAACUGAGUAAUAGAGUGAUACGCAAAUGUGACAUCCAAAAUCACACAAAAGAAGGCGGCUCAUGGAUAAUAGUCGCCGGCUACGUAUACAAUGUCGACCGUUUCGAAUGUGACAACGCGAGCACAGUAGAGCUUGUACGAAAGCUUCGAGGGUGCGACGCGACCGCGGCGUUGAGCGUAGAACCGCACGCGGCGUACCUCUCGCGCAUUACCGAGAAAUGUGUCGGAGUGUACGCCUGUCAGAUGUAUACGCAUCAGUGUAAUGAAAGUGCGUCCAGCCUACGAGCCCAUCACGUGCUAUCGUCAUGUGCGUUUAACAUAUCUUUGGGUGUCAGUCAAUGUGGCGUAAGAUUGGCUCGAUCUCUUCCCAUACAACAAGUUGAAAGAGACGCGGCCCCGUAUGCUGCUGCUAUGUUCUUGCGAGGGGGCUUACAGGUUUCUCAACUAACGAACCCGUUCGAAGAAGAGAAAGCCGAGGCCCGCAGUGGGUCAUCCACUGGAGGUAACAGCCCCGCCAGCGAAGCUCCGCCCCCGCGCGCCCGCCCCCCGCCCCGCAUUCACGCCAACGCUAGUAACGCGCCGCUCAACACUAGCGCGGUGACCGAUCAGCGCGCUGAUCAGUUGCUGUUCGCUCUCGCUGAGUCGAAGUUGCAUGACCCCCUAGCCCUACAUCUCUGGUGGGCUUGCGAAAGACGAGAAGGUUGCGCGCCCCACUUCCCGCCGGAACAUCCGUUGGAAGAGUUGCGACGUGCAAUGUUAGCAGCACUUCUGUUCCACGCUGGCCUCAAGGAACACGCUUUGGCUACUGCUACCGCUGAAAUGGAUAAGGGUGAAGUAAAGCUGUCGCCUGCUAUGUCGGAAAUAGUAAAAGCAGUACAACAGAGCAAAUGGACGCUGAUGAGAACCAGGCAACAGUUGUCACGAGGCUACAAAGAGGUGUGUGCGGCGCCACUAGAACGUGCCCGUUUCCUGCUCCACGAGGUUCGGGCCGCGGUGUCGCCGGCAGUUUCAGCGUUACGGUCCCGUCCUCCGUCGAGAAGGCCGCCCACCGCUAAGAGAAUAUUCCAGAAGGUUAUGCGAGCGGCCAAGACACCCAGCUUUAAUAAAUGCUUUGAAACUACGAAAGAUCUGAGAAAUAGACAAAACAGUCUGAGUAAAAGCAUGUUUAAAGCAACAAGCAGUCUAUUACAAGGAGAUGCGUUGUUGAUAAAAUCAUCAAUUGCAAACUCAUCAAGUAAAACCCCUGAAGACAUUCCACCCAUAAUCGUAGAACAUCACAAAAACCACCCAAAUAUAGAAACCGCUAGUGAUUCUAAGGAGCUGGCUAAUCAACAAACCAAACUAAUGAUGAAAAUAAAAGACAAACCGUUGGAAAAAGAUCUGAAGAACGCAUCGAAUUAUGAUGACAUGAGAAACGAGGGUCGAAGUGACUUGAAGCUUACAGAGAGGGAAGAUAUAUUAGACAAAGACCACGACGACAAAACGCCUACCAACGAGAUAUCAAUUAGUUCAAUAAACGAUAUGACUGAUAACUCGAUUCUCAAAGAAUCGAUGGAAAGCGAGAAACAGAUGAUGUUGCUCGCCGAUGAUCUCAAAACUGAUCUCAUUAUGGCUGAUGAGGAGAAGGAUGAUGAUAACUCCGAGAGGAAUAAGUUUGUGAAUGCUUGGGUGUCGAGACUUGCGUGUCAAGAAAAAGAUUUGUACUGGCUUUUGGAAGAAGUAACACCAGAGCAGCAAAGUUUGACAACAGCUGUCAUAGACUUUAUCAUGACUGAAGAUCCCUGUGAUAUUGAUAUUCUCAGGCGAGCUUUGUAUUGCCAGGUGCAAAGGGCUGAGAUGAGACGAAAUGGAUAUAGCAUGAUAAAUGCUAUAUUACAUUCAUCUCAGACAAUGUCUGAAAGUGUGAAGUAUGCAGCUUUGACGGGUGUGUUAGGUUUAUCAUUAGCCGACUCAGUGCCUCAUGUUCCUGUCAAACCUACUAUUCCAUUGACUCCGCCUUUGAAUGGUAUUGAAUCUGUGAUACCGUACUCUAAAUACAUGGUGCUUUUAGAACGUUCCAAACUGAUGGACUUCGUACUGAUAGAAUUAAAAGCUAGGGUAUUGGAAGGGGAACAAACUCAAGCACUGCCAUUAAAGAUGAGUGCUAAUUGCGGAGCGCAUGCUCUGUUAAAUCGUCCUGCUAGGGCAAGGUUUCUUAUCACUUUAUUAUCUCUUUUAACGGAGGGAUGUCAAGGCCCGGAACUAGAACAACUCAUAAACGGAGGAGGUUUGAGCUCGUGUCUUACGUUACUAAAACAAAUUGGCGGGGACACACUGCAACAUUCCUACAUUUUUCAUGGACUGAGAUCCAAAUCGGAUUGUUUAAUAAUUUACGAAGAUGAAAGAUUGGGUGCGCGCGCAAGAGGCGCUUCUCUGUCAGGACCUGAACUUGCGUCCCUGAUGAAGAUAGGUACUAGAGUAGUAAGAGGAAAAGACUGGAAAUGGGGCGAUCAGGAUGGUGUGCCCGGAGGCGAAGGCCGUGUCAUUGGGGAGUUAGGGGAGGAUGGAUGGGUGCGGGUUGCGUGGGACGCUGGUGGUACCAACUCUUACCGAAUGGGUAAAGAGGGGAAAUACGAUCUAAAGCUUGCGCGGUCGCCGUCCCCUCCGCCAUCUGUUGACGAAACUAUGCAUGGUACAGUUGUAGAAAACAACGUAGAAUGGUGGCCAGUGAGCGAGGUCCGGGCCGCUUGUACUGGCGCAAUCAGAGCCAUGUGUGGGGCGGCCGGGGCUGCGGCGGGGACUUCUCUAGCGCCCCACUCCCCGCUUGGGGCGGUGGCGAGGAGGAACGUGGCUGCCUUACAGAGGCGAUUGUUGACUCUUGCGCAUGCGCACGCGGCGCCGCCUCCUACAGCCUUCGCGGCGCAUAGUCAUACGGCGCUUGCCUUAUUGCGAGCAAGCGCCCAAAGCCCAGAGAUGAGGAUAUCUCUUUGUACGGAUUCUUGGUUCGAGCUGUGUUAUAGUAUUAUUUCCGCUUCUGAUAAACCCAUCACGCAAGACUUAAUUUAUUUACAAAUCCAAUCAUUAUGGCUUUUACGAAGAGUAUUAGUAGAACACAGUGGACCAGUUGAAUGGCGCCGCACUGUAGGCGCACAAUUGUUAGCUCUCAUUGGACGAUUGUGGUUAGAAACACACUCAUCAGACCCGGCGCUUCGUCCAAAUCACUUGGUUGUUACGCCACAUACGGAUGAAGAAGAAGUCGACAACAGAUGGCGUGCUCCAGCGACCGCUAGCUAUACGGGCGGCACUUGCAGCGCAUUAGUACAACUAGUGCGGCAACUGCACGCCGCGCCGCAAUGGCAUACUCCGAUCAAUGCGCUGUUGUUAGAUAAACUACAGCUUGCCGCGCAAAUGAUAACCAGCGAGUGGCAUUGGUGGCCUCACGCUAGUCAAGAUUUAACUCAAACAAUCAAACCGACGCCACCUACAUUAGAAACCUGUUUAAUCGCGGGUGCGUUAGGAGUGGUCGGCGGUGUAGAGUGGCGGAUACGACUCGGCCAGCGAGUGGCCGCAGGUUCGCCGCCCAAAAACGCGAUAGUUACGCAACUGUCGCCGAGGGCUAAGAUCACGUUGGUUCAUGAUGACAAUUCUGUAACUAAGAUCGAGCUUAGCGGAAUACAGAGUAUAGAACCGGAGCGACUGAUACAAUCUCUCGGCGGCGGAGAGAGCGGGCUGCGAGUGUGCGCCGCGUUGCUGGGCGCCGGCCCGCAAGCCAAGCCUAUGCAUCCACAUCAUCUGCCCGCGGAUGUAGACGUAUAUGGGCUGAGAAAACAACAGAUGGAGCUAUUGACCUUAUACGCAGUUCGAGGGUUACUUACAACUCGCACUCGUUUGAGGAAGGUUCUCAUGCAACCACCUGAUAAUGCUAGCACCUUGGAACGUGGAAGUAGUCUCGGGACAGAUGGAACACUGCUUCGACGAUUACUCGCCUUAGCCACUCGGCCAAGUCCACUCGCCGCUUCACACACUCCCCGAGAGCUGGCAGCGGCUGCCAUUACUGUUAUUCAGCAGUUAGCUGCACAUGUCAAUGGCGAUGAAAAGGAGCACGAAUCUCAACCAGACUUGCCUAUAAUAGACAAGAGUAAUGUCAUGCAGCUUUCUCUAGGACCUUCGACAAGCACAGCUUCCUUAUCUCGUAAAGAUCUGAACACUUGGGCGAACUCAUCGCAAGUACAACAAGUUAUUGAAAUGGGAUUUUCCAGACACUCGGUGUACACAGCUAUACAAGCUAUAGGAGGCACUAGCUUACCAUCAGUGGAAUCAUUAGUCGCCUACUUACUAGAACUGCCGCAACAAGGCAUGGAGGAUACUUUGUUCGAAAUCAAACCUCUUUCGUCGAAAAUCGAGAAAAAGCCGACGCCCUACAGAUGGCGCAGUUGUUUCGCAUCAGAAGACGAAUAUGCGCAAUAUGUAUCUGAUGUUGUUACUCCAGGGAUGACUGUGCGAUGCUGUAAAGCGUUUGAAUGCGUGGCCCUUGGUGAUGUCGGGCAAGUCCAGAAGGUUGAGAGGGACAUAAAACAAAAUGUGUUUCUUCAUGUGGAAUGGCGAGGGCUCGGUCGCGUGUUCGGCGUCCGUGCUAUACACGCUGAGGUAGUAUCGGGCGGACCCCCGUUCGCGCCCGGGGACCGCGUCAGAGUGCGGGCCGCCGUCACCCAGCCGCGGUACAAGUGGGGCUGCAUCGACCACACCAGCGUGGGAACUGUUACUGCAAUAUCAACAAAUGGACGUGAUUUGACUGUGGAUUUCCCUCAACAACCGGGUUGGACGGGACAAGUCAGCGAAAUGGAACUGGUCACUGAUCAAUCGGAAUGGGGCGAGAGUGCCGGAGGUACUGCGGUAGGGUGGCGAGGUGCAGUACGCGCGGUCAGAGUGUCGUCUUGCAGGCCGGCCGCCGGCGCUCGUAGACUGCUGGACUCGCAGCCACACACCUACUGGCAGAGCUCCAGCGGUAAUGGCCAGCACUGGAUCCGCGUAGAAAUGCGUUACGGCGUGCGCAUACGUCGUCUCGGCCUAGGAGUGGCGGGGGGCAUCCACGGGGCGGCGGCCCUAGCGGUCAGAGCGGGCGCCAGUUUCGAGGACGCGGCCCUCGCGCCCCUGGCCGCCGUGCCGUGCACUCCGGCGCCGGCGCAUUGCAGGGACAGGCCGGCUCACUUGGCACAGAUACAGCUACUGGCGGACUGCAAGCAGUAUUAUCCAUGCAUAGAGAUUGGUAUAAAACAAAAUCGCAGUGUAAACGCAGAUUGCAGAGUUCAUGGUCUUUACAUUACCGGCUUCAGACCGAAUCCUCUCUAUAACGAUAUACUCAUGAGUAUGAAUUUCGUAGCAGAAGAUUGGAUGGAAAAAGACAAUCCGACAGGAGCUGUUUCCGCUGAUAAUAAUCCGCCUUCCUUGCCAAAUGAUUGUCCAAAGGUUUUUGUAUGGGGUCUAAAUGAUAAAGACCAGCUAGGUGGCGUAAAGGGAUCGAAAGUAAAAGUCCCCGUAUUUUCCCCCAGUCUUAGUGCACUAAGGCCUGUACAUAUUGCUGGUGGAUCUAAAACACUAUUCAUCGUAUCUCAUGAUGGAAAACUAUACGCCUGUGGCGAAGGCACCAACGGCCGACUCGGGCUUGGGCACAGCAACAACGUAUCAAGUCCCCGCGCGAAUCCAUAUUUGUCGCACGUUUUAGUGCGUCGCGUCGCCGUACAUUCCGGAGGCAAGCACGCAUUGGCUCUCACUGCUGAUGGAAAGGUUUAUUCAUGGGGCGAAGGCGAAGACGGCAAGCUUGGCCACGGUAACCGACUCACCCUGGAAACGCCGCGUCUCAUAGAGUCUCUGUCCGCCGAGCGAGUGGUGGGGAUAGCGUGCGGAUCGGCGCACAGCGCAUGCGUCACCGCGAGAGGACAUCUCUACACGUGGGGAAUGGGCGAAUAUGGCCGAUUGGGACAUGGCGAUGAUACCACGCAGUUGUUACCGAAGAUGGUGGAAGCUUUAUCUAGUUUGCGAGUAAUUCAAGUGGCGUGUGGAUCGCGUGAUGCGCAGACGUUGGCUCUCACUGCAUGCGGAAAGGUCUUUUCAUGGGGCGAUGGGGACUUCGGGAAAUUAGGUCGUGGUGGAUCUGACGGUUGCGCCGUGCCAAUGAACAUCGAGAGGUUGAACACGCUCGGUGUUGUUCAAGUGGAAUGUGGAGCUCAGUUUAGUUUGGCCUUGACUAGGGACGGAGAGGUGUGGACUUGGGGCAAAGGCGACUACUUCCGCCUGGGGCACGGGUGUGACGCGCACGUCCGGAGGCCUACGCUAGUGGAGGCUUUGCGAGGACGACGAGUCAUUCACGUGGCAGUCGGUGCACUGCAUUGCUUGGCCGUAACUAGUGACAAUCAGGUGUGGGCAUGGGGCGACAACGACCACGGCCAACAAGGCAACGGAACAACUUGCGUGAACCGUCGUCCCGCUCUCGUGGCCGGAGUGGAGGGGGUACAAAGAGCGGCCGCGGGGUCAUCGCACUCGGCCGCUUGGUCGCUCAAGCCGUCCAUGUUGCAAAGCGACACGAGAACGCCGCAUAUAACUCCGUUCGCCUUCCCCGUGAUGAAAGAUCCGCUUGGCGCCCAAAGUUUAGGUCUAUACUCAGAGGAUCCAGUGGUAGAAGAGCCGCAGAGCCCGCGUCCGUCGCUGGCGGCCGCGGCGCUCGCACUGGAGCCCCCCGUGGCCGUGCAACACGCACUCUCGCUUAUUUUACUAGCACUUCAUAUAGCUCAAGCUCGCAGUUUACUGGUAGAGUCUUUGCGGGCACAUGAAGCUAGUUCUGCCGCGGCUCCCGUGGCCGCGGCUUUGGACACAGAGGACGAGGAUGCCGAAGGAGACGCCCGUACUGGUGGGGGCGAAGCACCGGCCGACAGGGCCACCUUGCCGAGUGGAGCAAGCAGUCCUCUUAGCGGUUCAGUGUCGUCUCGACAUUCAGCCGUCAUGUCGUCGAGUGCUGUAUCGGUGGCGGCUGCUACUAUGACGGUGCAACAAGCGGAAGCUCCUAAAAUGGCAUUAGAUGACUUCACGUCUCAGCUAGGAGAAUCGGAUGCGAGAGCGUUGGUUGAUCUUCUUAAAUUAGCCGCUGCGGGGAGAAUUCCCGAUGCGAACAAUGCGGUCAAGACAAUCACUGAUGUUUUGAUGGCUCUAUGUGCCAGCAAGCAAGCCGUGGCUGACAUGGUUGUGGAAGUAUGCGUGUGCGAGUUAGAAGAAGCUGCGGCCGGCGCCGGAAGACCUCCGCCUAAUCCAGUCACGGUGGACAGCCCGCAUCCGUACGCUGACGACACGGAUAUAUCAGGCGUGGUAAAAAUUCCCGGCGCAACGUCACUACGCGUGGUUUUCGAACAGGGCUGUUCUACUGAGAAACGGAAUGACCCCCUAACAAUAUCCGAUCCCUCGGGACGAAUAUUAGCCACUCGCUCGGGUAGGGAGCCCUCCGAUUGGGCACAGGAGAUUAUUGUACAGGGUGACGAGCUUCGUUGGAGAUUCCUAAGCGAUGGCUCUGUUAACGGAUGGGGCUGGAAAUUCACGGUACAUCCCGUUAUGCCGACCUACCUUAUCGCUGAGAGUGGUUCAGAUCGCUACGUGUUGUCGUGCCCGUCUGUGGAGCUAGCAUGGCGCCUUCUUGACGGCCCACUGCUGGCAGCUAUAUCGAACGACCACCAACUUGCGCCAAGGUUGGCUCAAGCGUUGGCGAUAUGUGCGCAAAUGCCUACUUUGUCGUGGCGCGGCCGUGUCUGGUGCGUGCGUCGUUUGCGGGGCGUCGUGUGCGGGCGCGGCGGCAGCGGGGACGCUGGUAUCGGGCCUCCUCCAGCCUUACAUCAUCUGCCGCAACUGUUACUGGCGCAGUAUGAACACGAGGAACCAUUGUUGAGGACAGGAACACACCUUAUGCACACGCAUUACCUCAAGGAACUGGCUUGGCUUGCGUGUGGUCUUCGCAUGGACACGCGGGUAUGCAAUGGUCCAGAAGCGGGCCGUUGGGCGUGGUUCAAGAAAUACUGCCUUUGUAUCCGCACGGCCGACGCUCUCAUUCGACGAGUUCCGAUGCCCAUUAUGUUUCUAGCCGAUGUGAGGAAAAGAUUGUCCGAUUUGGGAGUCUACAAUGUGGACGAGAAUAGCACAGACGCGCAGUAUCCGUGGGAAGAUAACACCAAAUUUACAAGGCAGCAUGAUGAACAGUUACUGCAUUGGGUUAACAAACGUCCCGAAGACUGGAACGGAUGGUGGAGUGGGAGUUCCCGAGGGUGUGCCGUGUACGGUUGGGGACAUAAUCAUCGAGGACAGCUAGGCGGGGUGGAGGGGGCAAAAGUGAGAAAUCCGAUGCCUUGCCACGCCCUCGCCGCGUUGAAUCCUGCGCAACUUGUAGGCGGAGAACAGACGUUAUUCGCUGUAACUCCAGACGGAAAGGUGUAUGCUACUGGUUACGGUGCUGGUGGGCGCCUCGGAAUAGGUGGGAUAGAUUCAGUGUCCCAACCGACUUUAUUAGCUUCUAUUCAACAUGUAUGCAUAACCAAGGUGGCUUGUAAUUCAGGCGGUAAACACUGCCUGGCAUUGUCGUCUGAAGGCGAUGUAUAUAGUUGGGGUGAGGGAGAAGACGGCAAACUGGGUCACGGGAAUAGAGUGAGCUACGAUCGUCCUAAGCUCAUAACAGCCUUAUCUGGCAUGGAAAUUGUGGCCAUAGCUUGUGGUGGGGCACAUUCAGCGUGUCUGACGUCACGGGGACGAAUUUACACGUGGGGUAAAGGACGCUAUGGGCGUUUGGGACACGGAGACUCGGAGGACCAAUUAGUUCCUAAGCUGGUGGAAGCCCUUGCGAUGUACAGAGUAAUAGAUGUGGCGUGCGGAUCCGGUGACGCUCAAACACUUUGCAUCACCGAUGACGACAAUGUUUGGUCUUGGGGUGAUGGUGAUUAUGGGAAACUUGGUCGCGGUGGUUCGGAAGGAUGUAAGCUGCCGAUGCGAAUAGACUGCCUAAAAGGUUUACGAGUAGUAAAAGUGGAAUGCGGCUCACAAUUUUCAGUCGCUUUAUGUCAGUGUGGAAGCGUGUACACAUGGGGGAAAGGAGACUAUCAUAGAUUAGGGCACGGUAGUUAUGAGCACGUACGAAGACCUAUGCGUGUUACGGGAAUGCAGGGUAAAACCAUUGUAUCAAUAGCCACAGGAAGUUUACAUUGUGUUGCUUGCACGGACACCGGAGAAGUUUACACGUGGGGCGACAAUGACGAGGGUCAACUUGGGGACGGCACGACUCUCGCCGCGCAGAGACCGAGACUGCUAAUGGCUUUACAGGGUAAACGUGUAACGCGAGUGGCUUGCGGUAGCGCUCACACUGUCGCGUUGUGUGUGGAGGCUGCGCGUGCGCCUCGCCCUCCCCCCACUCCGCCGCUAGAGUGCCAUCUCCUGAGGGACCUGUCAACGCAACUUAUCUGCAACCGACUGGUAUUGCUGCAUCAGUUCUCCGAGUUGGUAUGCCCGAGGUUGCCGCUUCUGAUAUUGGACGGGCAUUUGGACCAGCUAAGAUCUUUGCUGUUUUACAGUGUCAAAGAGGCCGCUUUCAGGAAGGCAAUAAUGGCGACGAUGGUCCGCGAGCGCCAACACGGGCCGGUGGUGGAGCUCUCCCGAGUGGCGGCGCGGCGGGCGCGGCGGGGCGGCGCGGGGCUGGCCGGCGCGGCGGGGAUGCGCUCCGUGUUCGGCCAGAUGGUGGCGCGGCUGCCGGCCCUCACGCAAGACGCGCUGGCGCUGCCGCAUCGCGUGUGGAAGGUCAAGUUUGUUGGUGAAAGCGUGGACGACUGCGGAGGUGGCUACAGUGAGAGUAUAGCCGAGAUGUGUGAGGAACUUCAGAACGGUUCCUUACCACUGCUUAUGGCAACGCCUAAUGGGCGCGGCGACGCUGGGGCUUCGAGAGACGCGUUCCUUCUGAAUCCGACGGCUAACACUCCGCUGCAUCUCAACUGUUUCCGAUUCCUAGGUGUGCUAAUGGGCAUAGCGAUCCGAACGGGUUCUCCACUUUCCCUAUCGCUGGCCGAAGGCGUAUGGAGACAACUAGCUGGUCAGCCGCUCAGACCGCAAGACUUGGCAGAAGUAGACAAGGACUUCUUGCCAGCGCUGCUGUGUAUCAGAGACAUGACGCCUAAUAACAAGGAGCUACAAAACCUAGAACUGCCGUUUUCAAUACCUUCGGCGGCCGGCCACGAGGUGCCGCUGUCGACGCGACACAGACGGGUUACGCCUGAAAAUAAGGACGAAUAUGUGCAGUUGGCGUUACAUUACAGAUUGCACGAGUUCGACGAGCAAGUGCGCGCGGUCCGCGACGGCAUGUCUCGCGUGAUCCCCGCGCCGCUCGUCGCCCUGUUCCACGCGGCGGAGCUGGAGACGCUAGUCUGCGGCUCGCCUGAUAUCCCCGUGCAAGCUCUCAGGGCCUCCGCUACUUAUAAAGGAAUAGAUCCAAACGCGCCGCUAGUGCAGUGGUUCUGGGAGGUGAUGGAGGAGUUGUCUGGCAGCGAGCGCGCGCUGUUCCUGCGGUUCGUGUGGGGCCGGACGAGGCUCCCGCGGGCGCCACAGGACCCUAGGCAGCGGGACUUUGUAUUGCAGGUUUUGGACAAAUACCAUCCACCGGACCAUUUCUUGCCUGAGAGUUAUACCUGUUUCUUCCUACUCAAGAUGCCACGAUAUUCUUGCAAAGCAGUAUUACGGGAGAAAUUGAGAUACGCUAUUCACUUCUGCAAAAGCAUAGACACAGACGAGUACGCUCGCGUAGCUCUAAGUGCCGCGGAACGAGUCUCUUCAGAGGAAUCCGAUUCGGAGGCAGACGCGGCGCCCCCCACCCCCGCCGUGCAACCAUCGAUUUAUGCCCUUGCGAGGCCGCCGACGUGGCUAUAACGCGUCGCUGUUAGAAACAUGUUCGUGUGAAAAAAAACAAGAACACGCCAAGCGUAUGGCAUGUUCAACAUCAGAAAAAAAAGGAACCCGCCAGGCGUGUAAUCAUGUUCAACUGUAGAAAAAUAAACCCAUUUAGGGAUAUAACAGAAAAAAUAGUUGUUAAACGGAAAUUUGUAAGAUCAUUGCUUUUAACUCGUUUUUACCUUUAUUUUUUAAGUUCAGUGGCGUUAAAAGAAGUUUGUAAUAUGUUCAAUUAGGAAAUUGCUAUUGUCGUGGUUGUUGAAAAAUAUAAUCGAAAUUAAUAAUUACGAUAAGGACGCUAUACAGUAAUUCUGUAGCAGUCUGCAGUAAUAAAUCCAACACAAGGUUUUACCACUUACAAAAUUCAACGGAUGAAUUUGUAUUUUUUGAUAUUAUGAAAUUUUUGUCAUAUAUACGCCAUAUUUAAUAACGGAAUACUCUUAUUGUUGUACUCUUAUUUUAACAAUUGGUAAGGGCUUAAAAUUUCUUAUAUUGUGAAAUCAAUAUAAGUAAACCUUAAUCUGUCAAUUUGUAGCUUGAUUUUUUAUAGCAUUCCAUCCAUAGUUUAUCGAUGUUUGGAGGAAAAAUUUACGGUGAUUAAACCUUUUUUUUAAGCGUAGGUUCUCUUUUGGUGAAUAUGGCCCAUACUCGUAGCUACCACUACUUUCAAUAGAAUUUAGAUACUACGCUACUUUAGAUCAACUAGCCACUGCUUCGUUUUACUAAACUUUUUUUAGAAACCGUUAGCAUUGACGUAAAUAUAGUAAGCUCACUCUUGAUAUUGUAUGAUAUUUUGGAAGUAUUACCUAAGUAAUAAUUAAAAUGAACAACGAGAAGGCAAUACUGCCAUCAUUCCACUGCUGUCGGAUUAUUAUAAAUUUCCACGGUAUAAAAUAGAUAUAAGAGUCUACUUAUUUACUAGUAGAAAUCGCCAUAAUUGGAUUGUCAUGUUGAAAAAAAUAAUAAUUUCAUGAACAACAUACAACAGUCAAACAUAUUUUUUCUUGUGACAAGUAGACGGAUAAAAUCUACGAGUACCGCCUACUUGAAUCGUAACCGUAGAUACAUCCAAACUAAAAUAAGAACGUAUUCGUGCUUUGUUGAUCCCUAUAGCGUAAAUAAUAUAUUGAUUGUUACGAAAUUUAUAUUCGAUGGUAAAGUGAGAGCUUGAAGUGACUGUGAUUGUUAAGAUUGGAGUUCGAGGCACUGCGUGGGUGCAUUGCAUACUGGGCGCGUUCACUAUAAGAUGUUUGGCUUUAUCCAUGUAAAGCGUAAGAAUUUCCGUCAAUAAUGUAAUACAAGUUCGCGUCGUGUCUUUACAAAAAUCCGCAAGAUUUAAAGCAUAUGGUGCAUUUAUUAUCUUGUCGUUAAAUUCGUUUAACUUUUUGUUAGGGUUCGUAAAUCCCGCAUGCAUGUAGAUGCAUUACAAAAGGAUUUAACAAUUCAUAGAGCCUUCAACGACAUUUAAUUUAAAUAAUAAGUGAUAAACAGAUAUAACUGACGGACUUUGCGCAGGUAACAUUUAUUGUUAUAUUUUAUAUGGGCGUGAUUUAGAAACGUAACGUUAGAUAGGUUUUGGGAAUGAAGGAGAGAUUUUGCAGAACAAAUCAAGAACUAGUCAUGUUGAUGUUUCAGAAUGCUGGUAGGUGUAUAUGAUCGGUAAUUAAGAAUAAUAUUAUUUUAAUGUUUAAUCGAAAAGUACUAUGAAUAUAAUGUUAUUGUUAGCAAAUAAUGCGCCUACUUUAUCAAGUGACUCGCAUGUUUCAAUAAAUUACGGUUGACAAAAAUAAAUUAGGACCUUGGCGCAUUUUUUGCAAGUACUCCACGAAUAGAUCUCGCUUUGCUGCUAUCAUAAUUUUGGUGCUAGUGCUUCACGACUAGAAAUAAAUUUUGUACUGGAAAUUAGUGGUAAAGCACAACAAAUAAUCGUUGUCACUUAGUAGGUACUACGCAAUUUUAUUAUAUUUGCCUCAUUUUUAUAUAAAUAGAAGUUAGAAUUAAUCUAGUUUUAUGCAAACUCUUUGUUACAUGUACCGUACCGUAAUUAAGUUGCGUGACCUAAACAUCCACAGUCAAGUGCAAAAAAUAACAAACAUUUCUUCUUUAUUGAAACUUUCAAUUCUUUAAAUUACGCAUAUUUAUUUUCUUUUCUCGUACAUUAUACGACAUGUGCUCACGUGAGAGAGAGUGCAGAAGCACUUGACCGUACUACCUAUCACUUCAUUCAUAAAAAAAAAGUUAAUAUUAAAAUUUUCUUCUGCAAACUAUAUUGUAGACAUAAAGUACUGCAUAAAUUACCGUAUUAAUUUUUCACUUUUUCAUUACAUUGGCGUUGGUCUUGUGUAUAGUCUAGAAUGUAAUUGUGCCGUAACUAGCAUUCAUGCACUCAGUGCGUCUAUAAAUAUGCCCUUGCAACUUUUACAUGACAAUACCCGGUAAAAUACUGAUGUUGUAUUUUAGAUUUACCCUUGAUCAAACCUCUUACUGGUUACUUGGCAGUUGAGACAUCCACCACCCUAGUUACGGCACAAAGUAAGUGAGUAACUGUAAACUUUGAACCUAUAUUUUUCCUAAAUAACAUAUUCUUGUAACACCAAAGAGUAAACAGUUAAGAAAAAAACAAUUAUUUUCUUACAAUUUUUGUCUUGCAAUGAUCUGAAUCUUUCUGUGUAUAUGUUCAAUGCAGCAUUAUUUUAUUUUAUACAAGCAUAUUAAAUAAUUAAUAUUUAUUUCAAAGUGUGCAUUUUAAUAAUUACCCUAUAACUGCGUGCUUACUACAUCUAGAAGAUUUGCCUUAAAAACUAGACAUUUAUAAAUUGUAAAAAAUAUCUUACAUUACCUAUACACUGAUUGUCUGGUAAAUUGCGUUACAUACAAAGAUACAUAAAUCACGCCUCUUUCCCGGUCGGGUAGG